GUUCUUCUUUCCCACUCCCCUGAUCUCACCGUCUUUGCCUCUGUAUAUAUUCUCAAGGAUUCCAGUUACUCUUCCAUCAAUCACAAGCUCUUUACUUUAUUUCACCACAACUUCAGUCCUCACCCUUUUACGCUUCAUCCUUGCUUCCGUUUUUUGCUUCGUUUUCUCUUACCCUUCUUUGUGGGACCUGUUGCCCGCACUCUCAUGGAGCCGAAUCCUGGUGACCUUUUUCUUAAUUUGGAAAUUGAUGAGGCCGCUGAUCUUCUUCCCCCUCAGAUAGUAGCGCAUAUCAUCACAGCUCGCUCUCUCAACGUCGCUGCGGUUGUUCGAAUCCUUUCCAACGCCUGGGCACCUUUUGGUGUGGUCAUUGUCGAACCGUUCCAUGAUAAUAAUACUUUUAUUGCGACGGCGGGGAAUCAGGUCAUCGAAGAGAGCAUCAUUGCUCGUGGUCCUUGGUCUGUUAUGGGACAAACUGUUACUGUCCACUUGUGGCCUCCUACAAGUCGGUUGGAGGACUUGCCAUUACACUUGGUUUCUGUCUGGAUUCAAGUGCAUGGGCUACCUCGUCGUCAUAUUACUAUGGUCAACGCUCAGUCGAUUGGAACUAUGGUAGGCCAGGUAGUUGCUGUGGAAAAUCCUCUCAACCCAUUGGCUUGGAGGGGUUAUCUUCGUCUUCGUAUUUCUUUUGACACUCGCAACCCUCUAGUUCCUGGCUUCUGGUUCAGACAGCACGAUGUCAAACCACUUUGGGCCACUAUUCGGUAUGAGCGUAUUUCUUCCUUUUGUUUCAAUUGUGGUCGUUUGGGGCAUAGUGGUCGGUUUUGUACCUUUCCCCGUCAUCGUCACAUGGACAAGUUGGGUGCUGGCAUUCUCUCCCGUGUUCCCAGGAUGUUUGAUCCUCACCUUCUUAUUGUUGAUGAGCUUCACCCUCCGGUGUCUACCCCUCCUCAAUCUGCUCCUCUUGCAGUUGGGCAUCCUCCUGAGCCCUCCCAAGAUGAGGUUAUGCUUCCUGUACUCUCCGAGGCCCUUUUGUCACCAUCUUCUUCUCCUCGCCGCCAUACUGGGGCUCUUGUCAUUGCAGAACCGAACCCGGAUUGCCCUCGUGCCCUGUCACAACCUGCUCCUCUAUGCACUGACAAAGGCAAGGGCAAGGCUAUCAUCGAGUUCCCGGAGUCCUCCAGUGAUGAUGCUAUUCCACCUAUUCCGGCUCCGAGUGGGCUUGCUGGCCCCUCUGUUCCUAUUGGGCCUGGACCCAAUCACUUCUUGUUUGACGCUAGUACUCAGGAGUUUAUUCCAGUUGAGGUGGAUAGAGUUCCGCCCGAUCAACAUCGUUUCCUCAUUUGGGCUCAUACUGUUCCUUAUCCGGUUUUGUCAGACUCUACAACUCCACCUUCAAUCCCUCCGUCUUCUACUGGAGCCUCAUCUUCUCACAUUUCUCCACCACCACAAUCACCUGACGACUCCCAUUCGUUGCGGCCGGCGGUAAUUGGAGGAAUUGCAGACUAUUUUGAGCAACUCCACCUCAAAUGUCGUCUUCAUGGUGACCUUGAGGUUACUGAUUCUCCUCGUCCUCCCAAGAGGCAUAGGCGUACCAAGCUUCAGAUGGCGGAGGCACGGGCUGAAAAGGAAGCCAGAUCGAAGCGUGCAGCUUUGGGUUAUGUUCGAGAUGCUGUUCUUAGGAAAAUUCAAGGUUGGAAACAAGCUUCAUUAUCUCCGGCAGGAAAGGAAAUCAUGAUAAAGGCGGUGGCAAUGGCACUUCCUGCCUAUCCAAUGUCAAUUUUCAAGUUUCCAAAAUCCCUUUGUGUUCAGAUUAAUAAUGCUUUGGCAAAGUUUUGGUGGGGUACAAAUGGUGACAAGGGUAUUCACUGGAAGCAUUGGGAUCUUUUGUGCAAUCCGAAAUCUGUGGGAGGUCUUGGUUUUCGUAGCUUACAGGACUUCAAUUUAGCUUUGUUAGCUAAGCAGGGUUGGCGUCUGCUUCAAAAUCCUUCUGCAAAAUGGGCUCAGGUCCUGAAAUAUAGGUAUUUCCCAAAUACCUCCUUCAUGGAGGCCAAACAGGGUCCUUCAUCUUCCUGGGUGUGGGCGAGUCUGUUGGCUGGUAGAGAUGUGUUAUUUAAAGGCUCAUUAUGGAGAGUGGGUAAUGGUCACUCUAUACAUUUAUGGAAUGACAAAUGGAUCCCAAACACUCCCAGCUUCAGUACUAGGUUCCCUUCUCUCCUGCCUGUCUCACAAUCUGUAAACACCCUUUUAGAUUUCUCUACCCUCACCUGGAAUUUGGAGUCCCUUCAACAUGUGCUUACUCCGGGUGAUUCUUCUGUGAUUCAGGCCAUUCCUAUUUUCAGUGAGUUGGUUGAUGAUAAACUCGUGUGGCCUCAUGUUAUGAAUGGUGAGUAUUCGGUGAGGUCGGGCUAUCAUGUCUCUUUUAACUCAAAUAUUAUUGCUUCAGCUCCAUCUCCACAUUCCUCUCAUGUAGUCCCUCGAUCAGUUUGGACUUUGGUUUGGACUAUUCGGAGUCUUCCAAAAAUAAGGAUUUUCCUAUGGAGAGUUGUGUCUAAUGUGUUAGCAACCAAACAGAAUUUGUUUAGAAGACACCUGGGGCGCUCACCUCUCUGUCCUUUUUGCUCAGAAUUCCCAGAAUCAGUGGAACAUCUUCUUCUCUCUUGUCCUUGGGUUGUGCAAACCUGGUUUUUGCACCCACUGGGAUAUCGGAUUCCCUUGCAAUCCCUUACUUCUUUUGAUCAGUGGUUAAGUGCUCUACUUAUUCCUCUUCAUUCUGAGUUGUCAAGAUCUGUGGUGCUUACUCAUAUCAGCUUUCUUCUUUGGCACAUUUGGAAGCAUCGGUGUGAUUGCAUUUUCAAUUACAAGGUUCCUAAUCCGACUUUGGUGGCUACGAGGGCUUUUGUGGCUUCUUCAGAGUUUUUAACAUCUCGUACUCUGUCUCUUACUUGCAAUAGGCCUCCCCCUCCUCCCCCUCCUCCUCCUCCACCUUGGACUCCUCCUUGUUUCGAUUUUGUUAAGAUAAAUACAGAUGCUUCUUGGGAUAAACAAUCUCUGCAGGCUGGUUUGGCAGUGAUAGUUCGAAAUAGUUCUGGUGAGCUCCUUCAUGGCAAGACGAGGAUUGUUAGGGCUUCUUCGAUCCUUCUUGCUGAAACUUUGGCCCUUUAUCAAGCCGUGUUGCUGGCCUUGUGUUUAAAUUUUCAAAAAGUUAUUUUUGAAAUGGAUUCCUUUCAUCUUGUGCAUCUCCUGAAUGAUUCCCACUUGCUACCGGAUUGGAUCAUAUCUCCGCUGGUGCAUUAUAUCCGUGAGAUCACAGUUGUUAUUCCUUACGUUAGCUGGGUUUGGACCAGCAGGAACGCCAAUCAAGUUGCUGAUCAUAUGGCUUCUUUGGCUAGCAGGAGGAUGGGCCCUUCUGAUUGGGUUAAUCAUCCUCCUUCUACCUUCACCCGUAUUCUCCUUUAUGAUGCUGGACAUGCUCCUACUUAAUAGUCUUUUGGUUUCUGGCUCCUCAGCUUUGUUGUUUUUGUUGGGGAGUUUGUCUUUCUGUUUUGCUUCUUUUUGCUUUGUUUCUUUGUUGUUGUUUGGUCCCUUUGUGGUUAAUGAAUGAUUACUUGACAAAAAAAAGAAAAAAAGUUGGAGCCAGAUGGAAUGAUGCGAGAAGAGCUCCUAGUUUUUUAGGGAAGAUAAGAAAACCGAGCUCGUGUUUCAUGUGAUGUUCAUCAUCCCAAUAUAUUCUUAAUCCAACGGACUGAGAAAUCCUCUUUGCCCUUGCCUUGCAACA